AGGAAUUGCUCAUUGGUUAUUUCGGUAAAGAAAUUAAAUAAAAUUAACAUAAUAUAUUCGUUAAAAGCCGUCGCGAGUUUGUUUUUUAUUGCGACGGGUUCAGCACCCACGCCCCAUCAUCCCUCGACGCGUGACUUUACCGAAAGAGCCAAUGAGUGUACAACGAGUUGAGUCAUUCCUGCAGUUGACGAAAGCUUCAAUUCUCGAAUAAGUUAUUCAGUUACCCAGCCCCGCUCGUUGGGGCCGUGUCUUGUACCCCGGAAGUGAAUAUUACGUCACAUCCUGCUGCCGCCAUAACGUAGCGAGGUAACGAGAAGCUGCCGAUGAAAUCCGAGGCCGUGGAUUCAUUCAAGACAAGAGUCCAAGUCUCGGGCGAAGCCAGAAUUGGUCUGAUGGAACACAGGCAGUCAGCGCGGCUCGGUACGGCAAGGCAACAAUGGGACCAGCGUGCAUACAUCACGGUUCGGACUGGAAGUUUGACACAGCACCAGAAAAAACACACGGGAGAGAAACCCUUGAAGUGCAGUGUGUGUGGGAAGGCAUUUUCACAUUCAUCUGAUCUUACAAAACACCAGAGAACACACACAGGAGAGAAACCCUUCAAGUGCAGUGUGUGUGGGAAGGCAUUUUCACAGUCACAAAAUCUUACGCAACAUCUUGCACAACACCAGAGAACACACACAGGAGAGAAACCCUUCAAGUGCAGUGUGUGUGGGAAGGCAUUUUCACAGUCAUCUUAUCUUACAAAACACCAGAGAACACACACAGGAGUGAAACCCUUCAAGUGCAGUGUGUGUGGAAUGGCGUUUGCACGUCCAUCAAAUUGUCGAAUACACCAGAUAACACACACAGGAGAGAAACCCUUCAAGUGCACUCUGUGCGGGAAGGCGUUUGCACGGUCACAAGGUCUUAAAGAACACCAGAGAACACAGACGCAUCAGAAAAUCCACAAGGAGUGGAGUCUGAAAUCAGCUUGUGAAAGUCAAAGUGCCGUAAGGAGCCCAUCCCUCAUGAAACAAGUACCGGAAGAAAAUCCCAGCUUGGGCACUUUUAAAGGUAUCAAGGCAGAAUUUGAAGAAGUGAUUGUGAAAUGUGAAGAGGUGACGGUGAAGAGCGAAGAAGUGAAGGUAAAAUGUGAAGAUGAAGAUUUGACUCCAAAAUGGGACCUUCACAUCGAUGGAGGCAACGUGAAGCAGGAGGGGAAUUCUGACUGUGAUGUAGAGGGAGGCAACUCACAGCAGUUUGUGGAAGUGGAGGUGUGGGUGGACUUCCUAGACAAUACAAAGUCAAAUGGAGACCCGGUAGAUGUGUUGAAUAUUACGUCACAUCCUGCUGCCGCCAUAACGUCGCGAGGUAACGAGAAGCUACCGUUGAAAUCUGAGGCCGUGGAUUCUUUCAAGACAAGAAUCCAAGUCUCGGGCGAAUCCAUGAACUGUCGCUUCCUCUGCAGAAUUGGUCUGAUGGAGCACAGGCAGUCAGCGCGGCUCGGUACGGCAAGGCAACAAUGGGACCAGCGUGCAUACAGCACGGAUCGGACUGGAAGUUUGACACAGCACCAGAAAAAACACACGGGAGAGAAACCCUUCAAGUGCACUCUGUGUGAGAUGGCGUUUGCAGAUUCAUCAACUCUUCAAAGACACCAGAGAAAACACACGGGAGAGAAGCCCUUCAAGUGUACUCUGUGUGAGAUGGCGUUUGCACAUUUAUCAACUUUUCAAAGACACCAGAGAACACACACGGGAGAGAAACCCUUCAAGUGCAGAGUGUGUGGGAAGGCAUUUUCACAUUCACCUAAUCUUGCAACACACCAGAGAACACACACAGGAGAGAAACCCUUCAAGUGCACUCUGUGUGGAAUGGCGUUUGCAGAUCCAUCAAGUUUUCAUAGACACCAGAGAAAACACACGGGAGAGAUGCCCUUCAAGUGCACUAUGUGCGAGAUGGCGUUUGUAUAUUUAUCAACUUUUCAAAGACACCAGAGAAAACACACGGGAGAGAAACCCUUCAAGUGCACUAUGUGCGAGAUGGCGUUUUCAGAUUCAUCAACUCUUAAAAGACACCAGAGAACACACACGGGAGAGAAACCCUUCAAGUGCAGUGUGUGUGGGAAGGCAUAUUCACAGUCAUCUGAUCUUGCAACACACCAGAGAACACACACAGGAGAGAAACCCUUCAAGUGCAGUGUGUGUGGGAAGGCAUUUUCACAUGCGCGAUAUAUUGCAAAACACCAUAGAACACACACAAGAGAGAAACCCUUCAAGUGCAGUAUGUGUGGGAAGGCAUUUUCACAGGUAACUGAUCUUGUAAGACACACAGGAGACAAACCCUUUAUGAAACAAGUACCGGAAGAAAAUCCCAGCUUGGGCACUUUUAAAGGUAUCAAGGCGGAAUUUGAAGAGGUGAUUGUGAAAUGUGAAGAGGUGACGGUGAAGAGCGAAGAAGUGAAGGUAAAAUGUGAAGAUGAAAAUUCGACUCCAGAAUGGGACCUUCACAUCGAUGGAGGCAACGUGAAGCAGGAGGGUAAUUCUGACUGUGAGGCAGAGCGAGGCAACUCACAGCAGUUUGUGGAAGUGGAGGUGUGGGUGGACUUCCUAGACAAUACAAAGUCAAAUGGAGACCCGGUAGAUGUGUAAGCUUGAGAUGAUGUCGCUCCCAGUAGAUGCACCUUUGUCACAGGCCUUUAAUGAAAAUAAUGUGAAGUAGAACAUUGAAAUCCUAGGUUCAACCUGCAGGGUAAGAGCGGCCAGUCUUGGUGGAUCCGUGGGUUGGGUAGAUAUCUCACCAGGAGCCUCGGUGAUUCACACUGAACCCUUUGAGAGCCUUUGUCUGGCUCUGUGAGCCUCAGUGAUUCACACUGAAGCCUAUGGGGGGAGCCUUAGUCUGGCUCUGUGAGCCUCGGUGAUUAACACGAACCCUAUGGGAGCCUUAUUCUGGCUCUGUGAGCUUCAGUUAUUAACACUGGACCCUAUGGGAGCAUAUGUCUGGCUCUGUGAGCCUCAGUGAUUAACACUGAAGCCUAUGGGAGCCUGAGUCUGGCCCUGUGAGGCUCAGUGAUUGACACUGAAGCCUAUGGGAGCCUGAGUCUGGCUUUGUGAGCCUCGGUAAUUAACACUGAACCCAAUGGAUGGGAGCCAGUGACAUGCGGUGAGGUCAGUGAGAGGGGGGGCACCGGGGGCGUGGCCUCACCAAGGGGGGGCGUGUCUGACACGCCCCCUUUAGUGAGGCAGAUGUGAUAGCU